AUGAAGCUCACGACCACAGAGGAUAAGCUUCCGGAAGUUUUCCGCAAGCUCCUAGUAGUGGAAUUGGUUGUUGCAAUCCGACGUUUCGGUUGCCGUGGGACGGUGAAACAGGAAGACAAAAACCCGAUGGUCACCUUGGGUAUAUCCUAUAGAGUUGGUGACCCAGAGGCCAUUCAAAAAAUACUUCGGGAUUAUAUGGUGUUAAAACAUUUUUCCGUAUCAACAACACGUUACAUCGACUCAGUCGAACUGAAACACCGUACAAACUGCGUCUACCAAAUUCCCUGUGCAGAAUGUCUAGCAAAAUACAUAGGCCAGACAGCUGGACAACUCCAUGUACGGAUGGCGGAGCACAAACGACAUGUGCGUCUUCCUCCAAGAAACCCGAUAAAGUUGAGAAAAACUAGAACGAGAUUCAGCCAUUUCACUUCACGCACUUGA